CUUCGCAACCAUACGUCAAUAAUAGCAAAAGGCUCAACCACAAUCGCAUCUCCUGGGCUCUUAACACCAUUCUCGCCAAAAGUAGACAUCAGACAUCCUCCAGCUUCAACCCACUACUAAGACUUCCAUAACGGUAACAUCCAAAUGGCUUCAACCGUCGGAAAGACCAUCACCUGCAAGGCGGCAGUUGCGUGGGAGGCAGGAAAAGAUCUUACCAUUGAGGAUAUUGAAGUUGCCCCGCCAAAGGCCCAUGAAGUCCGGAUCGAGAUCUACUAUACUGGUGUCUGUCACACUGAUGCAUACACUCUGUCGGGAAAGGACCCUGAGGGAGCUUUCCCAAUCGUUCUCGGCCACGAGGGAGCCGGGAUUGUAGAGUCUGUUGGAGAGGGCGUCACCUCUGUCAAGCCCGGAGACUACGUUGUUGCGCUUUAUACUCCAGAAUGCAGAGAAUGCAAGUUCUGCAAGUCCGGCAAGACAAACCUUUGCGGCAAGAUCAGAGCUACGCAAGGGAAGGGUGUUAUGCCUGAUGGCACAUCAAGAUUCAAGUGCAAGGGCAAGGAUCUCCUCCACUUCAUGGGCACUUCCACUUUCUCCCAAUAUACUGUCGUUGCGGAUAUUUCGGUGGUCGCUAUCACGAAAGAGGCGCCGAUGGACCGAACCUGUCUAUUAGGAUGUGGUAUCACAACGGGCUAUGGCGCAGCCACGGUGACUGCGAAUGUUGAGGAGGGCUCCACUGUUGCCGUCUUUGGCGCAGGCUGUGUCGGUCUUUCGGUCGUCCAGGGCGCUGUGCAGAAGAAGGCUUCCAAAAUCAUCGUCGUGGAUUUGAACCCGAAUAAGAAGGAAUGGUCCGAGAAGUUCGGUGCCACCGAUUUCGUGAACCCAGGCGACCUGAAGAACCAGACCAUCGUCGAGAAAUUGAUCGAGAUGACCGAUGGGGGAUGCGACUACACUUUUGACUGCACGGGAAACGUUGGCGUGAUGCGUGCGGCUUUGGAGGCGUGCCACAAAGGAUGGGGUCAGAGCAUCGUCAUCGGUGUCGCAGCUGCGGGACAGGAGAUCUCGACUCGGCCAUUCCAACUCGUUACUGGCCGCGUUUGGAAGGGAUGCGCUUUUGGCGGAAUUAAGGGCCGCACCCAACUCCCAGACCUGGUUGACGAUUACAUGAAGGGCAAGCUCAAGGUAGAUGAGUUCAUCACUCACCGAAAGACGCUUCCAGAGAUAAAUGCGGCUUUUGAGACAAUGAAGCAAGGAGAUUGCAUUCGCUGUGUCGUUGACAUGAGAAAGUAG